AUGGACCUUAUAACCAUCAAUGUUCGGGGCACCAUUUUUAUGACCUACACAUCUAAUAUAAGGAAUAUUCUCCUUACUUCUCCACUUCUUAAUCUCAAUGAACACUCAAAGUAUUAUAACAAAGAACGUAAGGAGUACUUUUUCGACAGGAACGCGUCUGUUUUUGAAUCGGUUCUGGAUUACUUUGUUACUGACAAACUUCAUGUUCCAGCGAACAUUUGCUCUGAACGUGUUCAAGAGGAGUUAGAGUUCUGGGGAAUUCCUCCCAGACACGUAGAAAAAUGUUGCUGGAAGACGUUUUUCCAGUCAACAGAGGAUAUGAACACACUACAACAGUUACUUAAAUACAUCCCCUGUGUCCAGAGGCGUGACCGAUGCUGCAGCUGGACAACCGUGCCAAUGCUGUCACAAAUAUCUGAUGUUAAAGCCCGGAUGUGGUCGUUUCUUCACGACUACACUUCAUCAACAUCAGCAAAGGUUUACCACUCGCUGUUGUGCCUGACAAUCGUGCUGUCCACCAUUCUGUUGCUGGUUCAGACGGUCGGUGAUUUGCGUGUCGAACAUUCGGCUGUUUCCGCAUUUAAUAACGGUAGUUCCGAGGCGCUCCGUAAGUACUGGAACACUACUCCACAUGUAGCUGUUGUCUUCCUGGAAGUGAUCACAAAUGCAUUCCUGAGCAUUGAUUGGAUUCUCAAAUUCAUCGCGUGCCCCAACCGGAAGUUCUUUAUGAAACACUUUCUAAAUGUUACAGAUUUAAUUGCAUGGUUGGGUGCUUGGGCUACCCUGUCUUUUGACAUCAGACCGGAUGCUUUCUUCUUUUCUUCUAAUCACGUAACGGCAGUCGUACUGCCAGUGUGUGUACUCAAGGCCAUUCGAGGGUUUCGUGUAUUUCGAUUGAUAUCGGACAAUUGUGGCGUAAAGAUUCUGAUGCUGUCUGUUCGUUCAAGCGGACGCGAGCUUUGCAUCCUCCUCAUGACCUUCUCUUGCGCUGCCGUUGUGUUCGCUAUUCUGCUAUACAGCGUGCAAUUACAGAGCAAUUCUCCGAUGUCACCUCGCAAUGCAUUAGUCGCCAUCUGGUGGGCGGUCAUCACCAUGACGACGGUCGGAUACGGAGACUACUACCCAACAGAACCACUGGGACGUAUCGUAGGAGUGAUGUGUUCGAUCACGGGAAUCGUUCUCAUUGCACUUCCUGUUGCCGUGACGUCAUCGACAUUUAAUGACCACUAUAACUUUAGUAAAUACAGAGCGUGUUAUCAGGAAUUAUUGGACAAGGACAAAAAGACUGUUCACAAGAAACAUAAAAACGAUAACGAAGUUACUCUAUUUUAG